GGAGAUGCAGAGAAGGGCCAUGAGUAUAUGAGCACUCUGGUCAACGCCUUAGUGGACCAUCAGAUAGAAACGGGCGCAAAGACAUUCCCGGCACCGGCAUGUGCUAUCUUUGAGAGAUGUGCACAUGCAUCGGGACUGUCACGUGGUGAGUGCCUGAUAGUGCUACUGAAAGCUAUUGCCAUUGCCUUUCCUGAUUCGUCGCGUCUGCUGUUCAUGGCGCAGUACGCAGUCAACAAACUGUGCCAGCAGAACAUCGACUUACAAGUGAACAAAACAGAGCUGAAAGGGUAUGUGCAGAUGUUUGCCACCAGACUGGAGACCAUGCUUGAGCGCUAUACCGAACUCCGAGACAAAGAGAGCUUAUCCGCAACCAUCAAAAGCUACAAGGCUAUCGUCUUGUUUGGUCGCCGUCUCGAUUUGAAGCUCGCGUUCGGUGUUAACGAAGACGACGACUGUAAUCGAAUGGUGCAGAACCUAAUCCAACGACACUUCGGGCGAUUGUCCAAAGACAUGAAACGCACCUCCAAAGCACCCACCAUCCCAGUCACACACCCCAGCCUCACGGAACACCAGGAAAACGUCUACUCCGUGCUGUAUUG